CUGCGCGCCUCCGCUCACCUCGACGUGCACGCUGCCGACAUCCAAACGCGACCGUUAGCUGGGGCCGGGCGAAUCCUGUGGUACCAAAGAGGAAAAAAAAUCUGACCGACCGUGCUGGGUGAUGUGAGAGAAGUCACAAUACCACAUCAAAACCAAGGUUUUCUAUUGCAUGCUUGGACUAGUCAAGUGGAUAUGAGAUUGCGUAUUUGGUAGAGGGUGAUGGCCACGUUUGAUUAGUAAGUAAGAUCUGGACCAGUGAAUGAAUACUCGUGGAGCCUUGUCAACAGUUGUUUGACAGCAAUAUCUUCGGUUAACCUCCCUCUGCGUGGCACUCUUCUCGCCACUUUUGAGUCUCUGAAGGAAGAACACCACUGAGGGAUCCAACCGCUUCCCAGCCAGACUCCCCCAGCACAUCACCUCACCCUUACCUCCCCCAGGAGGGAGAGAACAGCAGCCACCAUGGUGCUGUCACAGAGACAAAGAGAUGAACUAAACCGGGCUAUAGCUGACUAUCUCCGUUCCAAUGGAUACGAGGAGGCAUAUUCCACCUUUAAGAAAGAGGCCGAGAUAGAUAUGAAUGAAGAGGUAGAUAAAAAGUAUGCAGGGCUUUUGGAAAAGAAAUGGACUUCAGUCAUCAGAUUACAGAAGAAGGUGAUGGAGUUGGAGUCCAAGUUGAAUGAGGCCAAGGAGGAGAUGACACAUGGAGGACCUGUGGGUCAAAAGAGAGACCCCAAGGAGUGGAUCCCCCGUCCCCCAGAGAGAUACGCCCUGAGCGGUCACCGCGCUCCGGUCACGCGUGUCAUAUUCCACCCCGUCUUCUCUGUCAUGGUCACAGCCUCCGAGGAUGCUACCAUCAAGGUGUGGGACUAUGAAGCAGGGGACUUUGAGCGAACCCUAAAGGGCCACACAGACUCUGUGCAGGACAUCUCCUUUGAUCAGACGGGAAAGCUGCUGGCUUCAUGUUCAGCUGACAUGAGCAUCAAACUUUGGGACUUUCAGGGGUUUGAGUGUAUCAGAACAAUGCAUGGCCACGAUCACAAUGUGUCGUCUGUAGCCAUCAUGCCAAAUGGUGACCACAUAGUGUCUGCCUCCAGAGACAAGACCAUCAAGAUGUGGGAGGUUGCUACUGGGUACUGUGUGAAAACAUUUACAGGCCACAGGGAGUGGGUGAGGAUGGUGCGUCCCAACCAGGACGGCUCGUUGAUCGCCAGCUGCUCUAACGACCAGACGGUGCGGGUCUGGGUAGUCUCCUCAAAGGAGUGCAAAGCUGAGUUGCGGGAGCAUGAACAUGUGGUAGAGUGUAUCGCCUGGGCCCCUGACAGUGCUCACCCCACCAUCCUGGAGGCCACAGGCUCAGAGAGCAAGAAGAGUGGAAAACCUGGUCCCUUCCUCCUCUCCGGAUCCAGAGAUAAAACAAUUAAGAUGUGGGACGUCAGCAUUGGUAUCUGCCUUAUGACUCUGGUGGGACAUGACAACUGGGUGCGCGGAGUAUUGGUUCAUCCAGGAGGAAGAUUCAUAGUGAGCUGUGCUGAUGACAAAACCAUUAGGAUCUGGGACUACAAGAACAAACGUUGCAUGAAGACCAUGUGUGCCCAUGAACACUUUGUUACCUCUCUGGAUUUCCACAAGACUGCUCCCUACGUGGUGACAGGCAGUGUCGAUCAGACAGUCAAAGUCUGGGAGUGCCGCUAAGACUGUCUCCACCACGUGUGUCCCCCCCCCCGUCCAAAAACAGUCCAAAUGCCCAAUCCUAUCCUGCGCCCCAGCCCAACUCUUCUGUCCUGACACCCAGCCCCUCACCUCUCGCACUCCAAACCAUAGUUGACCCUGGCGCUUUACCUACUCCCAGUCCACUUACCUCUCCUUCCCUCCUCCCCUACAUCGGUCUAGCCCUAUUAAGAUGACUAUUGUCCUUUUUAUGUAAAUUAUUCUGGAUGUAGGGUACGCUUAAUAAAUGUCACGCAAUCUCUGACACAUAAACAAAAACACAUAAACACUCAAAAGAUAAGAAGUAUUCCUUGCAUGGUGAAUCAAACAAAACAUUGUAUACUGUUAAAUUUGCAGAAUUUGCAUACUGUUGACAUUACUUCCUGUCAGAUCAAAGGGUGAAUAUUUUUGUGUGCUGGCACAGGUGGAUUCCAGUUAACUGACAGUGCACGAAAACCAAUGGCAACCCUUGUUGAUGGGGUUUAGGGUUUUGUUUUGUUUUACUCCAUGCUUCCAUUUCUGUGGUCUGUCACUGUGUUGAUGGUGAUGAAGAAGGUGUGUGGAAGGUAAGCAUAAAAGAAAGAAAAUGUGUGGAAGCUGUCCAGGAGAUGAUAGCAAGUGGAAGAAAUUAUUAAGCAGAAUGCAGCUCCCUAUUUGAAUCACAUGAGCUUCUGUGGUCGAGUGCAUAUGUGUGUAUACAGUACGUUGUGUGUGUGUUUGUAUAUUAUGACAGGAGAAUCUCUCCACUGUCUCUGCUCUGAUGGUCAGAGGAGAGAGAGGAGGCAAAGCUUCUCAUCCACUGUGUUCAUUUAUACUACUACAUCUCUUUUAACAAACCUGCUUUCUUGUAGAAACUCACAGGACCUUAAUGAUCCCUAAGCUGCUGAGAGCACAGGCACAUGCCCCAUAGCAAAAGUGUGUUCUACAGAGGAAAAAUUCUGCUCACCUUUUGAUGAGGUUUGUGUGUGCUUGUACGUCACCCCAGAGAAUCGCCUAGUGCCCUAUUGCUCGCUAUCUCUGCCUUGUUAACCCAUUGAGGGCUCCCUCGCACGGGAUUUUCAUUCUGCUUUCUGUGGUCUCACUGCUUUACACACACAUACACUCACAAAUGCACAUACACGCACAGUAAAAGUUGUGUAUCAAUAUAUCUGGAUGUUAUUGUUUGCAACAUAAUGAAAUAAAAUUCUGUAAAUAUAAGUUA